CAUCUUCCAUUUCAAUUUCUCGCCUUUAUAUUUUCUCCGUACGAACUCUCAUAUAUACAUAAACAAACUCUGUAAACUCUCUCCUCUUCGCUCUCCUUUUUCGGCCGAUUUUUUUUCGCGCAUUUUCUCCGAUUCUCAGUUCCGGCGAUUCCUCAUAUCUUCCCGGCGACCUUUGAAUCCCGUAGAUCGCUUACGAUUAGUCUCUCUCUAAGAACCGAUCGCUCAGUCUUCUAUUCCAUCUACUGAGUGACGUGAUUGCCUCUUUUUCGCUGAUGUGCUGCUGCUACAUUUACUUCUGUGCAGUUGUUAUUGAUGAAGCUUUGUAAUUUUUAGGACGCGUAGAUGCCAAUUGCAAAACUCAAGGCCGCUAAUAUCCCUGAUGUGAUGAAACCAGAGGAGGGAAAUGAUUCUCUUGAUGCUAUCAUCAAACAAGCCAUUGGAAAGGAGUCUUUUCUUAAUUUCUCUAGGGCUGGGGAUAGUUCAGCCCAGUUUAUUCAAUUACUUCACGCUUUAGAGCAGCAAGCAGGGUCAAGUUCAAGAAUGGAGUCCCUGUCAACCCCUACGAUCUUUGGGAAGCAUGAAGCACAUAGUUAUUUAUCAGACCACCGCCAAAGUUGGUCUUUGGUCUCCCCAACGAAGAUGCAGAUGCAGAAGUGUGACAAAUGUUCACGGGAAUUUUGUUCGCUUAUUAACUAUAGAAGGCACAUUCGAGUGCACCAUCGCUUAAAAAAGCUUGAUAAGGAUUCUGCUAAAAGUAGAGACAUGCUAGGGGCAUUUUGGGAUAAGCUUCCUUUAGAAGAUGCAAUGGAGGUUGUAUCAUUCAAGAAUGUAGAGGAAGCUCCAGGGUCUUCAAUCAUAAAAGCAUUGUCAUCUCAUGUUCGGAAAUCAGUGUUUUCUUCUCCACCACAUCCUUAUUUGAAGGCUGGUUCUGAGCUUUUGGACAUUGUUCAAGGUAGACCUUCUAGGUUUCCGAUAUCUUCCCAGGAAUUAUUUAAUGUCCUUGAUAUUGCUAGUGAGAAAACUUUCCUAUCUGGACCGGCUAUAUCUAUGCAAAGAUAUGUUUUCGAUGGGGAGGCUGGGAAGAUAGGUCUUGAAACAAAAAACCUUGUUGCCUGUACUAGUUUUUUGUUGGAGCAGAAACUGGUCAAAGCAUGGCUUGCUGAAAAGGACGCUGAAGCAUUAAGAUUCCAGAAACUACUAGUGGAAGAAGAAGAAGCAGCUCAGAAAAGGCAAGCUGAGCUCUUGGAAAGGAAAAAACAGAAGAAGCUCAGGCAGAAAGAACAGAAGGCAAAGGAACGAAGACAUGGGGAGAAGGCAGAUAAUGAUGAAAGCAUUGACCAAGUGCUGGAAGCAAUGGCCCAAGUAGAAGCAUCCAGUCUAGUGGAAUGUGAUAACAGUAGAGACAACCUGGACUUGCCAAAUCAUAUUCCGUUGUCUAUUGUUGAUCACUUCAACUCUGAUGGAAAUCUGGAUUCAGAUUUUCUGAUUGGUUCUGAUUGCGGACAUAUUGAUUUAGGUAGUAAUUCUUGUGUUGAAAGGCGAAUUGUGCAAGGAAGUGGUCGUUGGAAACGGUGGCAAAUGUCACCAAAGUCACGGUUUCAUGCAGCUCAGAGCUCUCAAUCAUCAAAGCUCGGGGUCCAGCAGAAUCGUGGAACUCACAAGGAUUCAAGGACAGGUGUGACUGGUCAUAAAGUAUGGAGCCGAAAGUCUAAACCAGAAACCAAUGUAGAUGCUUUGAAAGCCGGAGUAAAAAAGGAGGAAUUAAAUGAACUUGAUCAAAUUAAAUACAGUGAGGUUUUGAUAGGUUCCAUAUCUGUCACACUUGGAAAUUGCAGUGAGGAGGGAAAUAAUCUCUCGGAAGCGUGUGAUACAUGCCUGACAGAGCAUCAGUUGCCAAAGAACAGUGUUCAGGUUAAACCCAACAAAUCCAAUCCAGUUCGGAGUGGCACAAGCAGGUCGACAGUUAAGCAUUGGAGACCAGUGAGCCAGAAUGGAACCAAAGUCCCAAAUUCAGUUGAGGACCGUGAUAGGGAAAUUGAAGCUGAAGCCAAUGCCAAUGCCAAUGCAGAAAAGGGACACACAGAAUCCUUGUCAAGUGGAAACUCAGAAUUCUCUAGCCAUGCUGCACAAGUUUUUCUUGCCCAGAGAUGGAAGGAGGCUAUUGCUGCAGACCAUGUGAAGCUCGUUAUAACCUCAGAUUUUUUUCCUCCAGAUGAAAAUGAUACUCAAGAAACAGCAUCUCGAACAUUCAAAUUGCAUAGACGUUGUGUUCUUGGCGAUGCCAAAAACCAGCUAGUAAAUGUUGACAUUCUUGGAUCUUCAACUGCCAAGGCCAAGAUAAAGGACAUUUCCAAACAGAGAACCAGUCCAACCUAGCAAGGAAUUUUUUUUUUAUUAUUAUUGUUAUUAUUUUUUUAAUCUUUAUACAAUUGUGCAGAGUUUUAUCGAUGGGGGUGCAACCUCCGCCACACCACCCACUGUUAAUUCUUAGCAGAGGUUCCAAUUUUACAGAUGGUCUUCUGUCAAAAAAAGAAAAGAAAAAAGAAACAAAAAGAAGAAAGAUUUUCCGGAAAUUGUUUUAUUAGUUCCGUCCUUUUUUCUUUAAUUGCUAUAGCCUCAUUAAUACUUUUUUUGGGGGGGUUAGUGACUUCAUUGUCAAAACUUUGUCUGUAAUGAAUUUUGUUAUUUCAACUGUUGCAAAGAGAUCUUUCAAUUUUUUUUU